CCACCGCGCCCGGCCUGUUGAAGCUUUUUCAAGACAACUGCUUCCAUUUUUGGGGAGUCCUUAAGGAGUGCAGAGUUCAUGUUGAAAAUCAUUUUGUUUCUUUUUGCUUUCUCGGUUAAGCAGUAGAGUGGUAUAAGGUAUUAAUUUUAUAAGUUUUCUUUAUGUGUGUGAUUAAAUAAUUUAGAGCAAAGAUUUUGCAUAUUACUGUAUCAGAAAUCUUUCCAAAUAUUGUAAUAGUUAAUCUGGAAUGUUUGUCUUGAAUCCAAUUCUUUAUAAAACACCCUCUUUCAUUGAUUCUAGGACAUCCAUUCUGAAAUCAAUGUACCUCUUAGAAAUCAAUGUACCUCUUAGAAUCAGUAACAUCUUAAGAUUCAGUGAAUACGAUAUAUAUAAUAAGGGUUCAGAAGAAGGGAUAUAAUAAUUGUUACAGAAUCAUGAUGAUUUUUCAGCGAUGUUAUGGGACCUUUCUGAUUUUCCCUGUGCCUGCCCGUCUUUCAGAUGCUCUCUGUGUGGGUAUGUGUGUAGCCAUCCUCCUUCUUUGAAGUCGCAUAUGUGGAAACAUGCGAGCGACCAAAAUUAUAACUACGAACAAGUAAACAAGGCUAUUAACGACGCGAUUUCACAAAGUGGCAGAGCUCUAGGGAAAUCCCCUGGAAAGACUCAAUUAAAGAACAGUGAAGAGAGCACGGAUCCCAUCACUGGAAGUUCAGAAAAUGCAGUGUCAUCUUCAGAACUGAUUUCCCAGACUCCCAGUGAAGUUCUGGGUCCCAACGAGAAUGAGAAACUGAGCCCUACAAGCAAUACCUCAUAUAGUUUAGAAAAAAUCUCCAGUCUGGCCCCUCCUGGUAUGGAGUACUGUGUUUUACUAUUCUGCUGUUGUAUUUGUGGUUUUGAAUCAACCAGCAAAGAAAACCUCUUGGAUCAUAUGAAAGAGCACGAGGGUGAAAUUGUAAACAUCAUCCUGAAUAAGGACCACAACACAGCUCUAAACACAAAUUAGAUGGAAUAAUUACUUGAACAGGAAAGCAGUAGAAGAGGAUUCCUUCACCAGUUUCACCUUUGUGCUUCAAACAACCUAGCCACAGAAGAAAUCGCUGAUGUGAUUUUUGAGGAAGUGACAGAUGUGACUUUGGAACCAAACUUGUAAUAAAAGGAAUUCCAAAUGGACGAGCAGUAAUGAUAUUUAAGGAUUUUGAGUGAGGGGGAGUGGGUCGAAGAGGAAGCAGAGGUGUAAUACAAUAUUAACCCUCUUUUACCCCUUCUUAGUGUUGAGUGUAUUUAUUAAUAAAAGCUUAUAUAGUAUAGAAAUGCAAGCAAAAGAGUUAAGAAAGAGCUUUUCAGGAACUAUUCUAAAAGUCAUAAAGUGUCACAGUCUUAAGCAGAACUUAGUUUUCUUCUCACUUCUGACAUGCAGACUCCAGUGAGAAACGGGAGACAGUUCUGGGAGGGGUUUUUUCAGUGUCACCAACAAAGUCAACAAUGAAACGUAAUUAGAGGGCUUUGAAAUGAUCUACUGAAAUCCCUAAAUUGGUAGACAUUUACUUAAUCUAGGAUAUGUUCCUUUACUCCUUAAGAAAGAAAGAAAAGACAGACCUCUAAAUUCAAAACUAGAUUGUAAAUAGGCAUUUAAGAAAUAAAGUAUUGUCUUAAAUUUACUGUGACUUUUUGUGGGCAAAUGAGGAAACAGAUGAAUUCCCACCAGACUCAAACCAGAUCUCAAUUUAUAGUAAUGCUAAAUUGUCUUGAGUGUUCUCAGAGGUUCUUUUCAGUGUCUGUCAGAACUUUGCAUACUUUCUCAGUAGUACAUAGACCUUCUAAUACUCUCUGCUAAAUGAGACCAUGCUUGUUAUCUGAAAGUGUGUGAAAGAAACAAUGUAUGAAAAUUUACAUUUGAUCAUUCGACAUGGGAAAUAGUUUGAACUAUUUCCAAAAAUCCCUUAAGGGAUGAGGGGUGAAA